AUGGCUGAUGGAAAUAUAACACCUGACGUUCUAGAACAUUUAUCUCAAAGAACUACACAGAACCAUAGAGAUGGUAUAUUUGGUGAAGAGUUUAGAAAGAAAGUUAGGGAGGGAGAAGGAAGAGAACCUAUUGUACAUGACCUUGCAAACGAAAGUUUGCAAAAUGUCAUAAAAACUUACUUUGCAGACAAUGAACUGAGAAGGGAUGAAUAUUUAAGAAAACUCAAAUGGACAGUACCAAAUGAAAUGUUAGUAUUGAAAAACAUGUUCCUUGACAAAAUAAAACCAACUACAGAAAUAAACGACGCAAGACUGAAAGAUUGGGUAAAAGCUUUCCCAUUCACAAAAGAUAUAGUUGGUAACAUGGAAAGAAAACCAGAAUGGCUACAAAAAC